UUCCUGAGGCGCCAGCAGGUCCUGCAGCUGUACCGCCGGAUCCUGCGUGCCAUCCGCGAGGUGCCCGCGGAGCAGGAUCGCCAGUAUCUCCAGGACUGGGCCAGGGAGGAGUUCAGGAGAAACAAGGAUGCUACAGAAGAGGAUGCCAUCAGGAUGAUGAUCACUCAGGGCAACAUGCAGCUUCAGGAGCUUCAGAGAACUCUUAAGCUGGCGAAAUCCUGA